GGGGAUUCCCCUGACCCAAAACCCCCCCCCCCUUAAUGUUAAACUGAAACACGCAGACUUCGGGUGAAAAAAGGAAAGAAAAAAAAAAAAAGAAAAAAAACCACAAGCCUUUAUUUUCAAGCGGCCGAGAGCUAAAAAUGACGCUAAAACACAGAGUAACGGAGCCCUGAGUUGCAGAUUAACGCUGUUUGUGGACGAAAUGCAAUUUUGAUCAUAAUAAUAUUAAUACCAGCUUCGGGAAAAGUCGAAACAACGCAGCACGCCUUAAAAGGGAAAGAGACUCGACUCGUUGUGUGUGUUGUGUUUUUUUUUAAAAUGGCUAGCUUGCAUCAGGUCGGGGACGGAACCAGCGGUCCCAAUGCUGAAAUCCGGUUCUGCAAAGAUCCCGAGCCCGGUUCGACCGAGGACUGGUGCGACAGCGGGCUGGGUUUCUUCAGCGGAACCGAGCUGAGCAUCGCGGAUGACAUCGAGACGGACUCGACCUGCUGUUAUUUUACCGUAGCCCCGCCGCUAACAUACACCGCUGCUGCAGAACACGAGAUUUGGGGUCCCCAACAUUUCGGGGCCCCGGGAGACGGCGGCGAGUCGUGCCUGCCUGUCUGGGGCUCCGGAGAGCGGCUGGACUCGGCGGUCGGGGAUUCAAUUACGGAGGAAACCGCCGCGGAGAUGGGCGGAAUCACCGACGGUAUCGUGGCCAUCGACCUGCGCGACACCGCUAAUAAUAACAAUAAUACUAAUAAUAUCAUGCAUCUCGCUUCAAACGACCCUGACAGCAAUAAUACCGCCGCCCAGCCGCCGCAGGAGCAGCGCUGCGGAAACCUCCAGCAAGUACGAGAAAUGCUCAAGACGCUGGCUUUCAUUUCAGAAGACGGAGACACGGCUCUGCACCUUGCUCUGAUUCAUGAGCACACAGUUUUCCUGGACUAUGUCCUGGGUUUCCUGUCCAAGAAUGAGUUUGACUCUCAGUACCUGGACAUUCAGAAUGACCUGAGACAGACUGCCCUGCACAUUGCAGUGAUUGUGAAUCAGCCGGAUUCAGUUCGGAAGCUGCUCCUGGCCGGAGCGAGUCCGGAUAUUCAGGAGCGGGAAGGGAACACGGCGCUCCACAUCGCCUGCCGGGAGUCCAGGCUGGAGUGUGUGAAAGAGCUGACCACACCCCCACUGGGGCGCGCACAGCUCGACAUCCGCAGCUACACAGGCUUCUCCGCGCUGCAUGUGGCCGUGCAGAAGAAGGACGUGGAGAUUGUGAAGCUGCUGCUCGACGCCGGAGCCGACAUCACAGGGAGGGACCUGAGCUGUGGUCGCUCUGCUCUGCACCUGGCUGUUGAGGGGCAGAGCGCUGACCUCACAGAGCUGCUGUUGCGCCGGGGCGCCCCCCCAAACCCUGUGACCUACGCGGGACACACCCCACUCUACAGCGCCCUCUACCGGCCCAGCGAGGAAGUGCGCAGGCUGCUGAGAGAACACGGGGCACAGGAGCUGGGACCAGAGCUGGACUGGGAAGAGGAGGAGGAGGAGGAGGAGGAAGAGGAAGAGGAGGAGUUUGAUGACCUUGUUAUUAAUGGACACCCCGUCCUGUAACUGCGGACGGUCACUAUGGAAACAAGCCCACUAAUCUCCAGACUGCCAUCGUAAUCUGCCGCCAUCAUCCACUUUCUAAGGGGGGGCGUUUUUCCUUAACACCAGUCAUAAAAACCUGGGAUGGGGGUGUCAGUGUGUUGUUGAGGAAACUGAGUCUCAAUUGAAACCCUGACAGGAUCCGGUUUCACAAAGCACUGCCAGCACUUAGCUGGCAAGCAAUCUUAUUUAAUAAUAAUAAUAAUAAUAAUGAUAAUAUCUUUAUUUUCUAUAUAGAGCCUUUCACAGUGGACCACCAUCACAAAGCACCAGGCUGUGAACUGUGCAUUAUAUGCAGAGCCACUUCCAAUAGGAGAUUGAUUUCACAUCUCACCCGAAAGACAGAGCACAAGGAGGUGAAGUGACUUGCUCAGGGUCACACAGUGAGUCAGUGGCUGAGGUGGGAUUUGAACCGGGGACCUCCUGAUUACAAGCCCUGGACUUUAACCACUGGACCACGCAGCCUAUUUCAGGUUUCAGGAUUCAAUCGACAAAGUUUAGUAGAAAUCCACUCAGCGAGUCUUUAUGAUAGUAAAGGAUAAAUGUGUUAUUUUUUUCAGUCAUCUUUUUUUUUUUUGUAAUGGAAGUGAAUGGGAUUUUGCAGACCUGCUAUCUGGUACUGCUUUGUGAAACCAGCCCAGCUGCGUGGGAAGCAGGACUGGCUGCCGUUGAUGUUUGAUAUUUGAUGUUUGAUGUUUUGAUCAUAAUGUUACUUCAUCCCGGAGAUUAAUGAGCUUGUGCUUAAAGCUAAGCGAACACGAAGCCUCUCUCUCAGAAACAGCGGCUUGAAACCUGGUCUCAGGAGACCAGCGGGAGGCCUAGUUUGAGGUUUGCUGUAUCAAACCCCAAGUCUCCCUGCCUGGUGUGCAGCGCAGUAGCCUGAAACCUACAGUCUCCUGAAACCAAGCUCCAAGCCGCACAGGGGCUUCGUGUUCCCUCAUCUUUAUUGACCUUGGUGUAUAUAUAUAUAUAUACUGUAUGUCCAUACCAACCCUGUCUUGUAACUAAUGUAAGAAUUACAGUACCUUUCGCUUGCUGUGUGUUGAAGCUGCAUCAUUAUUGUAUACUGUAUUGAACUCGUCCUUUUUCUAAAUCUGACUGCUUUGUACGGCUUUGAGCUGCUUGGAGCUUGUUGCCUAGACACACUAGGGGCUCAUCAAGCUGGUAGGAAAACCUGGACUGGGUGACACAGCUGUGCAACAGGAGUCUUAUUCCCAUCCUUGCAAUGUAAUUCCAGUCCAGUCUAACUGCAGUUACAAUGUAAUUCCAGUCCAGUCGAACUGCAGUUACAAUGUAAUUCCAGUCCAGUCGAACUGCAGUUACAAUGUAAUUCCAGUCCAGUCGAUGCUGAAUCACUGGGAUCCUUUAAGACCCGACUUGACAAAAUUCUGAGAUCAAUCAGCUGCUCGGAACCGGGCGAGCUCUGACGGGCUGAACGGACUCCAUGGGAAAGUUAGAAUCCAGAUGAAGGUGACUGGGAGAGGUGGGAUCUUGAAGCGCAGUGGUUGAGGAGUGUGACACGGUGUGGGAGUGUAACGUGCCGAGGGUGAAGUGAAGGUGAGAGAUCUUGGCUUGAGGAAUUUGCGAUUCCCAAUGGCAACGGUGUUCUGGGGCGAGUUGUUGGGUCGAGUGGUUCUGAUCGUUGUUUUUAAUUUCGUGCAGUCCAGUAAACGGGGUCAGAAUCUUAAAAAUCGGGCCCCGGAAAAAAGUUUUUUAAAACACUAUUUCUUUAUACACCUAUUAUUAUUAUUAGUAGUAGUAGUAGUAGUAGUAGUAUUUGUUUAUUUAGCAGACGCCUUUAUCCAAGGCGACUUACAGAGUCUAGGGUGUGUGAACUAUGCAUCAGCUGCAGAGUCGCUUACAACUACGUCUCACCCAAAAGACGGAGCACAAGGAGGUUAAGUGACUUGCUCAGGGUCACACAAUGAGUCAGUGGCUGAACUGGGAUUGAACUGGGAACCUCCUGGUAGCAAGCCCUUUUCUUUAACCGCUGGACCCCCAAGCCUCCUUAUUUUUCAAUCCUUUUUAAAAUCAGUUCCCAAUUUUUAGUUCUUCAGGGGACUUGGAAAUUGGAGAUAUUUUAAGCGACACAAGUAAUUCAAAUAAACGGUUAGAAAAUGCUCCAAAUAAAACGACACAGUAGGCACAGAACGGGUCAAAACUAGAAACAAAGCUAAACUAAUGCAAUUAGAAUUCUGCUUCAUCUUAAAAUCAUAUUUAAAUAAACAACAAAACCCGUUUUUUUUGGGUUGAGCUUUUUUUUGUCAUUGUAAUUAUUUUAGAGCAAUACAAAUGCCUGGCACUCUUGGGACGGAUCUUAGCGAAUGGAGGAUGUAGGUUUGAGAUGAGAAUCCUGUCACUGAAGUGCUGAUGGAAGCAACAGGCUGCGCUUUGAUUACAGAGUGGAGUGUGAGCUGUGAGCAUGGUAAUGAGUCCCGGUCUUCAUUACAGGUUGAAAAAAAACCCAGAACAAUAAAAUCAUGUUGCCGCACUUU